AUGGUGCAGUCUCCCAAAACACCGCGAGCUAGCGAAGAGAGAGCACAGUAUGAGUUUACCCCUAUAGGCCACGCAAAUGUGAAAGAUACCUCAGCUUUGGGGACGCUAGAUGGGGAGCCCAAAAAACGUACAUCCAAUUCUGAUGAGUUGCAGUUAAGUCUCGAAAAAGACGACAACGAACCACGUAAAAAGUCACGAAAGGCUGACGACACUCUCAAUUCAACUCGCAUAUUCAACGAAUCAUCUUUUGACGAUACAUUACCUUCGCAUGCCGGAAUACCCAGUCUACGGAAAGUGCGUUCCAACGAGAUAUUAGCGGACGCGAACGGUAACAUCGAGAACCUUGGCGCUUCGAAUCCCUUAAAGGAGCAACAGAACUCGCUCUACAAAUUGAAUGUGGAAAACUACAACCUUCGAGUCAAGUGUAAUAGCCUGCUAAAAUUUCUAAACAACGUCACCGAUGAGGGCGAACUCAAAGAGAAUCUGGCCAUCAUGGACGAGCUUCAGGACUGGAAAAUCAAAUACCAGAAGCUUGCGUCGACUUACAGGGAUCUCCAGCUCAGAAUUGACUCUAACGACGAGGGCAAAGACGCAGAAGAUCAAAAACGGCAAACCGCCCUUCAAAACGCGCAGCUCGCAGAAUUAGAGGCUAAACUGAACAACUACAAAGAAAGCGUCAAUAACUCGAGAGACCUCAUCUCUCGGCUGGAAAAAGAGCUCACAACAUCUUCCCGUGUGUCCAAUGCGCGAAAAGAUGAACUCGAGCUCAACAUUCGCUCGCUGCGCGAGCAGAUUGAAAAACUUGAAGCUCAAAUUGCAGACAAAAACCAGAUAAUAAAAGACAACGAACAGAAGAUACGACAUCUUAAUGAUAGUCUAAAAAGGCAAAGCAACGUCCGCGAAACUCUAGAGGAUAAAAUCGAGCAACAGUUGCAAAAAGUAGAGGCGCUGGAAAAUAAGACUCGCGAUUACGAACUUCAAGUACGAGAACUGCAAGAGGCAUUGGCAAACACCAAAGAUGAAUUGAAGUCGCAAACUCAGGGAAAAAACACGCGCAGUGUGGGUGUGCAAUCCCGAAUUGAAGGCCUAGAGGCUGCUAAUUCUAAACUUAAGAGUGAGAUAGACCAAAAUAUGUCUGAAAAGCGGGAGAGCCAGUCGCAAUUGGAGAAGUUGAAAGCGAAGUCGAAUGAUAUGCUCAAUGGUAUCGAGGAAAGAGAUGAGAAGAUAAACCUAUUAAAGCGCGAGAUCCAGGAGCUUAAGCAACAGGAAUCCAAUCACAGAAGCAGUUCACAGAAGGAGAAGUCGCUAAACGACAAAAUUCAUUCGCUCAAGGCGGAAAUCCAGGGUAUAGUGAAGGAAAAGGACGAAUUACAGAGAGACAAUGAUAAUCUGCGGGAAAGAAUUGUUACACAGGCCACAAGGUCGCCAGCGUUGAAGGAGAACAGAAAACUUCAAGAAAGAGCGAUAGACAACGCUAAACUGCAGGCAAGAUUACAAGAUCUGGAAAAGGAAUUGAGCGUGGCCAAGAAAGCAGCCAGUGCGGCUCGACAAAGCCACCAUGUAGAAUUAGAGCGACUUCAAGCUCAAAUGGAGAACUCAGACAUGGAGCCUCUAAUUAUCAAAAGAAAGUUAGACAAAGAGAUCAGUAUUUUGAGACUGGAACUGGAUUCACUUCGAGAAACCAAGGAUCGAGAAAUCACAUUGUUGGAGAGCCGUUGCCAAAUGCUGAUAAAAGAAAACGAGCAUGUAGCUCUUCGAGCAGAUGCGAACGUUGCCCAGAAUCAAAAGCAAAUUGUUGAAAAGCAGAAGGAAAUCGAUGAUCUGGUUCAGAGAUGCAGUAACUUGACCACGGAGAAACUGAAGCUGAAUAAAGAGCUGAGUCAAACACAGGAAUCGGAAGCGGACAAGAACAGGGAGCUCUCAAAACUGACAUCUCGCUUAGAGUUUGUGACGAAAGAGUUUGUUAGAUAUCGGGAGACGCACAGCUCGAAUCCGGAUUCUAGCAAUGCCAAGCUUAAUGAAAGAUGGACAGAAAAAUAUCGCAACAUGAAGCAAAAGCUACUUGAGGAAUUGAAAAUCCUACAGGACGAAAAUUUGGGCCUCGAGAGAAGAUUACUAGAGGGCGGGAGUCAUGUACCGCGUUCUGCCAGUCCUGAUUUGAAUAAGCUGUCUCUUCAGGACCAAGUGGACUACUACAAACUGCGAUAUCGCCAUCAGGUUAUACGCAAUAGCGAUAUGAAGGUAAUGAACGAGUACUUGAACCGGGUACUGAGAGCAAGCUCUCAGCACGUCCGUCUCGACAUCAUGAAGCUUGAAAAUGAAGCUUUGACGGAUCUGUGGCCCGACUUUCCGCAUCGUGGUCGACUGAGGUUCAAAACUGUGGCAUUGAUGGUUUUGGCUGCCGUCAGAAUUGAACGCGCAGCGCAGAAGGUGCGUUGGGAUGCUCAGCGUAUUAAUUAUCUACGACAAAAAAUAGUGCUGGACCAGGAUCGCGUAACGUGGUGA